GAAAAUGGAAGGUUUGGGAGAAAGAGACAAGGUCAAUUGAACAUCAGUACUACAAUGGUUUGUAAUUUUGCUCCAGAUCCAGAAAGGUUUAGGUUUGCAAGGGACACAUCAUUUGGACAGAGACAUUUGAAAUUCAGGUCACCAUUGACCCUUUGGAUUGUGUCUUUCUUCAGGCAGCUCUUCCAGUCGGUUACUAGGGUUGAUUACCUAACCCUGAGGCAUGGAUUUAUCAUGGCACAUUUGGCACCAGACAGUGAAACGACAUUUGAUUUUCGGAAGUACAUAAGCAGAUCACUUGAAGAGGAUUUCAAAGUUGUUGUGGAGAUCAGCCCAAUUAUAUGGUUCUCUGCAGUGCUGUUCUUGCUUUCCAACGCAUAUGGAUGGUAUUCUUAUUUCUGGCUACCAUUUAUCCCUUUAGUUAUAAUCCUGUUGGUGGGAACAAAACUACAAGUGAUUAUAUCAAUGAUGGGGCUGAGGAUUCAGGAGAGAGGGGAUGUGGUGAAGGGUGCCCCUCUUGUUCAACCCGGCGAUCACCUCUUCUGGUUUGGAAGCCCUCGCUACAUGCUCUUUCUCAUCCACUUCGUUCUGUUUCAGAAUGCAUUUCAGCUGGCCUUCUUUGCAUGGAGUACAUAUGCGUUUGGGAUAAAAUCUUGCUUCCACGAGCGCAACGAAGAUAUCGUGAUCAGGAUCUCAAUGGGGGUCAUUGUACAAUUUUUAUGCAGUUAUGUGACUCUGCCUCUCUAUGCUCUAGUGACACAGAUGGGUUCUACCAUGAAACGCACCGUUUUCAAUGAGGAAGUGGUAAGAGCACUGAAGAGCUGGCACAACAAAGCCAAAAAGAAAACAAAACUGGGCCCUCAUUCACACUCAAACACACCAUUCUCAAGUACGCCGGGAACUCCCAGCCAAGGCUUGCGCAUGUCCCCGGUCCAUCUGCUGCACAAGCACAACCGCAGCGAUGCUGAUGGCUAUUAUGUAUCUCCAAGAGCAUCAAACCUUGAAUUAAGUCAUUGGGAAAUUGAAGGGUCAUCACAUUCCCUAAACAAUAACAAUGCUGGACCCAGUGACCCAGAAGAGAUUAGGGAACUGGAUCAAGAGCCUACUUCAACAACACAAUUGCCUCCGGCACCGCCUGGGAUUCGUACUCAGCAUGCAGUUAACAUUGGUCUGUCUGAGUUUUCAUUUGGCAAAGGAAAAUCAAGAAGUUGAUGGAGUUGGAUCAUAAGACAUGCUGCUAACCCUUUUCUUCUUCCUCUCCUUCUUUUGUGUACAUCAUAUAUGGUUGAGCAUUUGCAGCAACAGGGGAUAGGAUGAUUUCAUUAAUUUGUGUUGCGUGUAGGAUAUUGUGUGCUGUGCAUGAUGGUAGUGUAAUUUUUUGCUUUUUUAGGCAUCACAUAUUGUACUUUACAUAUACAAUUUCAUUUUUAGAAA